AUGGCUAGCUUAGCGUUGACGUUCAGAAAUCAGGGACGAUGGGAGCAGGCUGAGAAGCUCCAAGUCCAGGUGAUGGAGACUCGCAAGUCUCAACUUGGCGAGAACCAUCCUAAUACCCUGACGAGCAUGGCCAAUCUAGCAUCGACUUAUAGGAACCAGGGAUUGUGGGGAAAAGCUGAGCAGCUUGAGGCUCAGGUGAUUGAGACGAGCAAGACGAAGCUCGGCGGGGACUAUCCGGGCAUACUAUCAACUAUGGCCAACCUAGCAUUGACGUAUUGGAGCCAAGGUCGGUGGAAUGAGGCUGAGAAGCUCCAGGUCCAGGUGAUGGAAACUCGCAAGACGACGCUUAGGAGGGACCAUCCUAGUACACUGACGAGCAUGGCCAAUAUAGCAUUGACGUAUUGGAGCCAAGGUCGGUGGAAUGAGGCUGAGAAGCUCCAGGUCCAGGUAAUGGAAACUCGCAAGACGACGCUUGGGAGGGACCAUCCUAGUACACUGACGAGCAUGGCCAAUAUAGCAUUGACAUAUCGGAGCCAGGGAAGGUUGGAGGAGGCUGAGCAGCUGGAGAUACAGGUGAUGGAGAUUCGCAAAACAAAUUUCGGCCAAAAUCACCCUGACACCCUGAUGAGCAUGGCCAAUCUAUCAUUGACUUAUUGGAACCAAGGCAGAUGGGAGAAAGCCGAAAAGCUACAAAUACAGGUGACAGAGAUAAGCAGGCGAAUGCUCGGCGAGGCUCAUCCUUCGACGUUGAUGAGCCUAGGAAACCUAGCAUCCACAUAUAGGAGUCAGGGACGGUUAAAUGAGGCCGAGAAACUUGACGCGCAGGUGAUAGAGUUUCGGAAGACGAAGCUCGGCGAGGACCAUCCUGACACCCUGGCAAGCAUGGCUAGCCUAGCGGCGACGUUUAGAAACCAGGGCCGGUGGGAGGAGGCCGAACAGCUCCAGGUGCAGGUGAUGAAGACGAGCAAGUUAAGGCUCGGCGAGAACCAUCCCGACACGCUGCACAUUAUGGCUAAUCUUGCUUUCACCUGGAAAGCUUCAGCUCACGAUGCCGAAGCCAACAAUUUGCUACGAGUCUGCUUAAGCAAGCAGAAGCAAACACUCGGUCUGAACCAUCCCACUACUUUAUCUAAUUCUGAAACAUUGUUACAAUGGGAAACGCAGAGCUUAAAUCUGCAUACCUAA